CUGCCAUACAUCCUGUUUACAGCAUCAUCCCACAGCAUGUCUCCCACGCGCGUUGAUCACGUCGCCCAUGCGACACCCACUCUGAUUAAUCGUCUACCUACUUGAACAACACAAUGUACGCACUGACGCUAGCCGGCAUCCCCAUCUCCAUUGGCGCCAACGAAGCGGUGCACCAACAGCGGCUGCUGGACGAAGAAGCGGAAAGUGAUGAGCGCCAAGAAGAGUUCUAUAUAGAUGUAUUCUGUGAUGCGAAGAGUAGGAAGAGGGACGAGGUGGACGGCGCGAUUGUAGUACUGAAAGAUGGCAAGAUACGACUCUGGCCCAAAGACGCAGAGACAGGAUUACCGACAUCUGGCCCGAACGACGAGCCACCACCACAUCCCUUCACUGGGUUCUACCUACCCUUCCCGUCUUCAGAACUACCGCAUCGUCCGAUGCCUGCAGCACCAGUGCUAGGCCUCGUCAGUACUGUACCACCUUCACCACCUCCAUCGCCCGCUUCAUCCGCACCGUCUACACCAUCUCCCACGCCCUCCAAAGCACCUUCGAAACCGACGAAGCCUAAACUUAAUUGGCUCUUUGCCAACAAGACGACGCGCGAAUUGCGCUACGGACCGCGUGUUGAAGCGAAGAAACAUACAGUUGGGCCUUGGGACUGGACAGAAGACGAGCAGGGGCUGACGUUGGAAGGAGAGGAAUGUCUUGUUGCUGUGGAAGAGGAGAAGGGUGGAUAUGGUUGGGCUGUGUACUGGGAUCGAGAGGAUGAUUGUUUGAAGGAGCACGGGAUAGGUAGGAAUAAGAGGGUGCUGAGAUGCAGCUUGGAAAGAAGGCUUGUAGAGGAGCAGACGAUCAAGGGGUUGGAUGAGGACUGAUGCUGUCCAGGUGCGACAGCAAGGGCCGAGCGAACAGUUUCCGUAUCUCCAGUAAUUGACACAGCAUACUUGCUACGACUACACGUCUUAUCGAGUUUCGUCCAUUCACCAAUUUCGAUACAUGAUCUCUCACGUAUGCAUUCAGUCUUGGGAAGUGCUCCGUUUGGAGGCAUUCAUUGUCAUUUUUCAUGGGCAAUCUAAUUCCUCUCAAUGCGAAUUGGC